CAGUCUUCACUUCCCAUCUUUUCGUCUCGCUGCCACCAUGGUGUACUCCGUGUUCGCGUCCAAGCCUCGUCCGCCUUUCCUUAUAAAACUCACCCUCCAUCCUCAGUCAGUCACUCUUAACACUUCAAUCCCCUACACAAAUUCAACACUGAAAAUAAAACAAAACAAUAGUGCUCCUCAAUUCCAGAAUCCAUAUUCAAUGAAGUCACACACAUUCGUAUCGGAUACGGGAUCCGAAAGCCCGCCGGAGACGUCGACACUGUCCGACUGUACCAGCCGUUCCGACGAGGAGGUCCUACUGCUAGCGUCGAGCCGUCCGAAGAAGCGCGCCGGAAGGAGAGUAUUCAAGGAAACGAGGCAUCCAGUGUACAGGGGAGUCCGAAGCCGGAAUCCCAACAGGUGGGUCUGCGAGCUGCGCGAGCCAAACAAGAAGUCGAGGAUUUGGCUGGGGACGUACCGCACCCCCGAGAUGGCGGCGCGGGCCCACGACGUCGCCGCAUUGGCGCUGAAGGGCCGUACGGCGUGCCUCAAUUUCGCCGACUCUGCUUGGCUGCCUCCGCCGGCUUCGACAGACGCUGAGGACAUCAGGAGAGCGGCUGCUGCGGCGGCUGAGGCGUUUCUGCCGACCCAAGGGGACGAAAGGCAAGAGGGUGGCGUGGCGGCUGCCGAGGGAGUUUGUCGCGGCGAAAGCGGGGAAGGGAGGGAGGAAAAUGUUGGUGUCUACGUGGAUGAAGAAGAAGUGUUUGAGAUGCCACGGUUGCUUGUCCACAUGGCAGAAGGGCUUCUUCUCUCUCCACCACCUCUUCCUUGUGUUGGCAGCAGCGACGACGCUUGGGGCGACGUGGCAAGUGAGGCUGGUAUGUCACUGUGGAAUUUCUAGCUAGAUAGAGUUGGACGUUUUGACACGUUAGCUAGCCUGGUGGAUAUAUAGAUAGUGUGUAUGGUACUAUUAAGAUGUUAGAAAAAAAAAUUUUAAUUGGAGAGGCUAGAAACUGGAAAGGAAUUUAAGGUAGGCGGUGCUGUUUGGUUUUUUUUUUUUCAGCCGCAGCCCGAUGAAAUCCUUGCCAAACAAAAAUAUGUACCAUAAUUUUUACUGUAAGAUUUACUUUGAAUGGCAAAUUUUAUAUUUCUUCAAUAA